UAAAAACUAUUUGGCGUUUUUACUGACGUUGGCAAUGGUCGCCCUAAUUUUUAUAUUAAUCUUAUAAAUUUCCGGUGUCGGUCCAAUUAUUAUCUUCCAAUUUCUAAUUUGUGGUCCAAUCAAUUCUCAGAGUACGUACAAAAUGCUCUUCGUACACUUACAUGCUUUUAGUCACAAAUAAAGAUAUAGUUAUUACUUAACUAACGUGCCCUAUGUAUUAGGUACCUACUAAAUAUUUAUUUAAAGACUAAUAUUAUAUGUAGUAUAUAGGCGUAAUUUAAAUCAACGAAAAAUUAAUAAUUGGCGUUUCUAACUCACUGGUGUUUUGCGCAAAUGUUUUGAAAUGACUUCCUCCCUAAACGAGGAACUAGUCCUUAGCUUGAUUACUAAGGUCAAUUUACCACUAGUAUUCCGUGAAUUUGUUAAAAACUGGGAGAUUUGUCAGUGGAGUGAGGAAAAAUGGUGUUUGGAGUUUGGAAACCGUGAAAUACCAUUUCGAUGCAUGAAGAGAAACUUUAUUUCGGAGGAGCCUUGCUGGGAGCGACAUUGUAAUGUGCAGAAAAUGACAUUUAAGAGUUUUAUUGACCAAAUACCCUCCAGCACUGAAUGGAUGUACUUUGAUUAUAAAUAUCUGCACCAGUGGUUUACCAAUGACUCUGAGUUAUGCAAGGCACUAUCAUGGAAACAGUUUGGUUUCCCUGAUAAAGGAGCUUCAGACACUACUUUGUGGGUUGGAAGUAAAGGGGCCCACACACCAGCACACCAGGACACUUAUGGGGUGAACAUUGUUGCUCAAGUCUUCGGAAAAAAGCGUUGGAUUUUUUUUCCACCAGAAACUGGAUGUAUGAAGGCUACUAGAGUGCCUUAUGAAGAAUCCAGCGUAUACAGUGAACUCAAUUUCUAUUGUCCCAGUAAUUUGGAUGCUUUUAAUGGUGUGAUGGGUGCUCAUAUGGUAGAGCUCAGCGCGGGCGAUGCGCUCCUGGUACCUCGUGGCUGGUGGCAUUAUGUGCAGAAUAUUGACCCACUCAACAUUACGUUUAACAUGUGGUUACCUCAUGAAAAGGAUAGUUCAUCGCAAGUAUCUGAAGCAUUGAUAAAAAUUUUAGUUGCUCAAAUUUGCAAGGACCUGCCCCACCAGACUGCAAGGCAGAUUGUCAAUCCUAAUGAGGUAUUUAUUCUUAGGAUUUAUUUCUUAUACUUCUACACUACAAAUUAUUAGCUGUAUGUCAGAUAC